AUGGAUGGCUCCGGCUCCAUUUCCACCCCACCGCCAGAUGAAUGGCGACUUGCCCACCAACGGUUGUUUCCUCAGUGGCAAUCCCUUGCUCUUUCUCACCAGGCUCAGUUACCAAUUGCCAUUUCUAGGGUAAACCAAUUUGAUGCAGGGAGGCUCGAUGUUGAAAUGGCAGCAAUGUUGAAGGAACAGUUGGUCAAGGUCUUCUCAUUAAUGAAGCCAGGGAUGUUAUUUCAAUACGAGCCGGAACUUGAUGCGUUCCUCGAGUUUCUGAUUUGGAGAUUCUCUAUUUGGGUAGAUAAGCCUACUCCUGGCAAUGCGCUUAUGAAUCUGAGGUAUCGAGAUGAACGUGCGAGUGAACUAAGGGGAAAAGUGAGAACAGGUUUGGAAGGACCUGGGCUUACCGUUGGUCAGAAAAUGUGGUAUUGCAUUGCCACCGUGGGUGGUCAGUACUUCUGGGCACGAUUGCAGUCAUUCUCUGCUUUUCGUAGAUGGGGAGACUCUGAACAGCGGCCACUGGCACGCAGAGCUUGGGUUUUGAUACAGCAUAUUGAAGGACUUCAUAAAGCUGCUUCUUUUGCAAAUCUACUCUUAUUUCUUUACACAGGAAGGUUCAGAAAUCUUGUUGAACGGGCUUUGAGAGCCAGGCUUGUCUAUGGAAACCCGAAUAUGAAUAGAGCUGUUAGCUUUGAGUACAUGAAUCGUCAAUUGGUGUGGAACGAAUUCUCAGAGAUGCUGCUUUUACUUCUUCCUCUUCUCAACUCAUCAUCCUUCAAAUCCCUAUUUAGUCCCUUCUCAAAGAAUAAGUCCUCAAGUUCCAAGUCAGAUGAUGGUUCUUGCCCAAUAUGCCAAGCUACUCCAACCAUCCCAUUUCUUGCUCACCCAUGUCAACAUAGGUACUGCUACUACUGUCUUAGAACACGUUGCUCUGCAGCUCCAUCAUUCCGGUGCCCCAAAUGCAAUGAACCCGUGGUGGCCAUGCAGCGAGAUGGUGGUUCGACGACUAAUCAAACAAAUCCCCAAUCGAUAGAUCAUUAG